GGUCUCGAUAUUUCUCCAAGUCUUUACAAAAAUGGAUUAUUCAGACAACGCCCCCUCUGAUGCUCAAAACCCUAUCGCACCACGUCCUCCUGCUUUGUACUUGACAAGAGAUCAAGAGCAUCAGAUCAUGGUCUCUGCACUGCGACAAGUGAUAUCUAACGUCGGGAGUGACACGUCAUCAUCAAACGGGAUCACCGGCGGAGCUCUUCCCCCUCCGGAUGCUGGUCCCUGUCCUCUCUGCGGCAUCACUGGUUGCUACGGCUGCGCUUUCCAACAGAGGGACAAUGAGACAAAAAAGGAGAAGAAAUACAAAGGAGUGAGGAAAAAGCCAUCGGGUAAAUGGUCGGCGGAGAUAUGGGAUCCAAGUUUGAAAAUAAGGAGAUGGCUUGGAAUGUUUCCAACGGCGGAGAUGGCUGCGCGUGCAUACGACGAGGCUGCGGCUGAGUUUAUCGGGAGAAUAUCAGCGAGACGUGGCCAAAUGAACGGACGAGGAGUCAAGGAGUUAAGCGGAGGCGGAGAUGACUGAGAAAGCGAGAAGGGUCGGUGUGAGAGAUGGAAAUGAUAUAUAUUAUAUACAAGUGAAAUCAUAUAAACUAUAAUAAAACCAUAUAUGCUCUGUGAGAGAUAAAUAGUAUAC